AUGGUGCCAUUAAAGAGGAGGAAAGUGCUCAGCUCUCAUACUGGGAACACUGGGAACACUGGGAAUGAGUGCAAGUUCCCUGGACUGGUUUUAUUCCUGCUGGAGAGAAAGAUGGGAACCAGUAGAAGAGUUUUCCUCUCUGAGCUGGGAAAGAAGAAAGGAUUCAGAGUGGAGGACGAGUUCAGUGAAAGUGUCACUCAUGUAAUUUCUGAAAACAACUCAGGCGAUGAGGUCAUCGCUUGGCUGGACUCUCAGGUCAAAGGUCGAGGCCUGGUUCACCUGCUGGACGUCAGCUGGUACACGGAGAGCAUGAGAGCCGGACUUCCUGUCGACAUUCAGCACAGACAUAAACUACAGCAGCAGCAGACAGAAGAAGCAGAGACUGAGACGUUCUCCGUCCCCAGUUACGCCUGUCAGAGGAGAACCACGCUGGAGAACCACAACUCUGUUCUCACUGAUGCAUUGUCUCUUCUCGCUGAAAACGCCGAGCUCAGCGAGGAGGAGGGGCGGAGCGUGGCGUUUCGCCGAGCCGCCGCCGUGUUGAAGUGUCUCCCUGCAGCGGUGACGGACAUGACGCAGCUCAGAGGGCUGCCCUGCCUCGGAGACCACUCACUCAGAGUCAUCAAGGACGUUUUGGAGAACGGAGCCUCCAGCGAAGUCGAAGCUACGAAGAACUCUGAGAGAUUUAAAGCUCUGAAGGUUUUAACGAGUAUCUUUGGAGUCGGAGCGAAGACGGCAGAUCGCUGGUUCAGAGACGGGAUUCAAACCCUGACCCAGCUACGAGGGUCAGGACACACACUCAACCGGGCCCAGCAAGCAGGUCUGGACCACUAUGAUGACAUCAUCCAGCCGGUGAGUAGAGCAGAAGCUGAAGCCGUCAGAGAGAUCGUAGAGAGAGCCGUCCUCUCUGUGCUGCCAGGAGCUCAGAUCAGUCUGACCGGAGGAUUCAGGAGAGGAAAGCCGACGGGACACGACGUGGACUUCCUGAUAACUCACCCAGAGGAAGGCAGAGAGGAAGGACUGAUGAGUAAAGUCGUCUGCUGGUUGGAGACGCAGGGUUUCCUGUUGUACCAGAAGACUACCAGGAACUCGUACCUGGAGGCGAAGGAUGGUCCGGCUCGGCCCGCCUCCAACAUGGACCGCUUCGAGAGGUGUUUAACCAUCUUCAGGUUGUCCAAGGAGGAGGAGAAGAAGAAGGGAGGAGCAGAACUAACAGAGACACUCACAGAAAACCUCCAGACGGCUCCUUUGUGUAGUUCCAGUCGUGUCCAGCAGGGCGGCGAUAGAGAGGAAGGAGGGAAACCGUGGAGAGCAGUGAGAGUCGACCUCGUGGUUUCACCAAUCAGCCAGUUUGGUUUCGCUCUGCUCGGCUGGACCGGGUCAAAGCUGUUUGAACGAGAGCUGCGUCGCUGGGCGGGACACGAGAAGUCGAUGUCUCUGAGCAGCCACGCUUUAUACGAUAAUAAACAGAGUCGAUACCUGAGAGCGACGACAGAGGAGGAGAUAUUUGCUCAUCUCGGUCUGGAGUACGUUCCGCCGUCGGAGAGAAACGCUUAAAGACGAACUUCAGGAAGUAAACGUGCCGUCCUGA